AUGUCGGCAAGCGGUGGGCCGCGUGGCACUCAGCAUGAACAACUGUGGGCCGCCGAGCAGUGCGGGGCCAGCGGCGUGGCCACGGCCUGGCACACCUGCACGGCGCUGGGACCUGCCAGUCCGGCGGGCAGCGGCGGCCCUGACACUUGCGAGGCUCCCGGCUGGCCGUCACGCGCCGCGCGGCCGCAAGGGCAGAUGGGGGCGUGGGGCGGGCGUGGGUGCGGCGUGAGGGCUGUGGUCAGCACUAAGUCCCCGGAGUGUGUGGGGCGUCAUCCCUCGCCUGCAGCAACUACUCAGCUCUCCGUCAGGCCGCCACGCCUCGGCUGCCUCGCUGGCCGCCUCACGCCCGUCCGUGCCGCAGGGGGACGCCGCGCCCCAGAGCCAGGGCAGAGCCGGAACUGUGGCAGCGAGGGGGCCACCUCGGCCCCUGACGGCCCGGGCACCGUGCCAGCGCCCCCUCCGUCUCCCUGGCCCUCACCUGGCGCCCCCCACGACCUGCACGCUGCCCGGCCCCCUGUUAACCCCCACCCCCCGCUGCCCUCGCCCCCAAACAAACCCGCGCCUUCCACCGGCCCCCACGCACCUCCACCUUCACCACCGCCGCCACUAGCACCAACGCUUCUCCCCCAAAUCACGCCACACCAUUAUACCACCACUACCACCACCACCAACAAAAACAACACACACCCUGGAAGCCCCACAACACCCCCUUAA